AAAUACAAACUUGACAACUAAUAUCCGCACUCGCACAAUUUAUAACAAUUUAAAAAUGUGACUUAUUUCUGUAUGCAUGAUCCACAAAUUAAGUAGAUUAUUGGAUUAUCUCCCAUCCGAAUAAAAAUCCAAAUUCCAUCGGAACAUUUACAUUCCACGUGCGCGUUAAGGUUAGAAUUUGUGUGGAAAUUAUGACCUCAAAGUGCGAACAAUUAAAAACGAAAACGACUCCAACAAAAUUCACCAUGAAAUUAAAACCGGCACCGAUCUUGUUCAAUUCAAAAAAUGGACAAUCACCCGCGAAGAGAAUUAAAUUGGAUGAAAAUCUGCAACAACAGAAACCGAGCAAUGGUCAAAAUGGUAAAAUUCAAGUUAAUGUAGCUGAAGAGAGAAGAAAAUUACCAAUUUUUCAAUAUAGAAAUAAGUUAUUAGAUUUAAUUAGACGUUAUAAUACUUUAAUUAUAUUGGGGGAAACAGGAUGUGGAAAAACGACGCAGAUUCCUCAAUACAUAUACUCAGCUAGGUUACAUAGUAAUGGAAAAAUUGGAAUUACUCAACCUCGAAGGGUUGCGGCUGUUAGUGUUGCAACUAGAGUAGCACAAGAAAUGGGAAAUUAUUUAGGAGUUGGUGAAAUAGUUGGUUAUCGUGUAAGAUUUGAAGAUGUAACCUCAAAAAAAACAAAAAUUAAAUAUUUAACGGAUGGUAUGCUUUUAAGAGAGGCUGUUUUAGACUAUUUAUUAAUGGAUUACAACUUUAUCGUUUUGGAUGAAGCCCAUGAAAGAACGAUUCAUACAGAUGUACUCUUUGGAAUUGUUAAAAAAGCUCAAAAAAUUCGAGAAGAAAAGAAAUUAACCCCUUUAAAAAUUUUAGUGAUGUCAGCUACAAUGGAUGUUGAUCAUUUUUCGAAAUAUUUCAAUUCAAAAGUUGUUUAUUUAGAAGGAAGAACAUAUCCGGUUAAUAUUUUUUAUACAUUAAACCCUCAGGAAGAUUACCAAACGGCAUGUGUAGCAACUUUUUUUAAAAUCCAUCGACAAGCACCUGCUAACGAAGAUGUAUUAAUUUUUUUAACUGGUCAAGAAGAAAUUGAAGCUGUUUGCCAUCAAAUAAAAAUGUUAGCGAAAGAUCCUGAAGUAAACGGUCCCGCGGUUCGUGUUUUUCCACUUUACGCAGCACAACCAACAACUCAACAAACAGCCGUUUUUCAAAGUAUCCCAGAAAACGUUCGAAAAGUAAUUGUUAGCACAAAUGUUGCAGAAACUAGUAUUACAAUAACAGGGGUUAAACAUGUUAUUGAUAGUGGAAUGGUUAAAGUGCGAUCAUUUCACCCCACAACUGGUUUGGAUACAUUAAAGGUUCAAAGAAUUUCCCAAGAACAAGCCAGUCAAAGAACCGGUCGUGCUGGAAGAGUAUCUAAAGGAAAUUGUUACCGGAUUUACACAAAAUCGCAAUUUGAUUGUUUUCAAAAAACUACAAUCCCAGAAAUACAAAGAUCUAAUUUAUCAAUGGUUGCUUUAGAAUUAUUAUCGCUUAAUAUUCAUAUGAUUAAUUAUGAUUUUAUGGAUAAACCACCAAAAGACGCAACAUUAUCCGCUUUUGAACAAUUAAAAGUUUUAAAAGCAAUAGAAAGCGUAGAAAGUAAUAAAUUAACAGAAUUGGGUCAACAAAUGGCUUCUUUCCCUUUAGAUCCACGAUUUAGUAAAAUUUUAUUAACAGCGUCUAAUUAUGGAUGUUUAGAAGAAGCUUUAACAAUCGUUGCUAUUUUAAGUAGCGAAUCGAUUUUUAUUUCACCUCCAGCUAAAAGAGAAGAAGCAAACGCAGUUCGUGAAAGAUUUCAUUCAGCUUAUGGUGAUCAUAUAACUUAUUUAAACGCUUAUAGAGAAUAUACGGGUGUUAGUCAACAAAAUAAACGAAAUUGGUGCCAUCAACAUUAUAUUAAUUUAAGAAAUAUUACCUAUGCAAGAGAAGUAAGAAAUCAAUUAUUAGAAAUAUGCGAAAAAUUUAAUUUACCUUUAUCCUCAUGUGGUAGUAAUAUGGAUCAAAUAAGAAAAUGUUUAAUUUCGGGACUUUUUACAAAUGUGGCUGAGUUAACUCACGGAAAACAAUACGUCACUGUUGAUAAAAAACAAGCGGUUUCUAUUCAUCCAAGUUCUUGUUUGCACUCGCAAAAACCGCAUUGUGUUAUUUUUACGGAAGUUGUUCAAACCAGCAAAUGUUACCUUAGGAAUAUUACUACCAUUGAACCGGAUUGGUUACAAGAAAUCGUUCCUGAUUAUGUUCAAUCCCAUAACAUUAAAAUGUCUUAAGUUAUAAGAUUAGAAAAUAGAGAUUACUUAAAGGAAUUUUAUUUUUAAUGAAUUUUGAUGAUUAAUUCGCUUACCUGUUAAUGUUACAUUAGUUUUACUGACAUAUUUUUCUAUUUUUAAUAAAAAUUUAAAGACAAA